AAUAAAUGUAUUCCAGAUAAAAUGGCGUUGAAUUUCUUAAACCAGUUCCUGAAGUGGGGCUACGGACCUCACAACGGCCCCCACACCUGGAGUAAUUGGUAUCCAAUAGCUGAAGAGGGUGUGAGACAGUCUCCUGUAGAUGUUCCUGAGAAGGAGGUUGAGCAGGAUAGCUCUCUUCUUCCUAUCUCCUGCAACUAUGGAGACGGAGAGUACUGUAAGAUGAACAACACCGGAGCAAGCUGGAUGCUGAACCUCUGGCCGGAGGAAAACUGGCUCCGGGGAGGUCCCUUGCAGGGAGAAUAUCGGGGUUUCCAGGUGCACGCUCACUGGGGUUCAAGUCCAGGACAAGGCAGUGAGCACACGAUUAGCGGUCAAUCUUUUGAUGCUGAGAUACAUAUUGUUCAUUACAACACAAAGUAUGAGAACUCUGGAGAGUCCCUGGAUAAGCAUGAUGGACUCGCUGUGCUCGGGAUGCUCGUCAAAACAGGAAAACCUCAUCCUCACUUUGAUAUUAUUGCUAGGCAUCUGUGUGAGAUCCAUGAGAGUGGUUCUGAGAUCAUGCUGGAAGAGUCAUUCAAUCCAGAACUAUUAUUACCAGAGGGAGACCGGAGUUACUAUACCUAUCCUGGAUCUCUAACUACUCCGCCCUUGUUUGAGAGUGUAACCUGGAUCCUAUUCUGUUCUCCUAUAGAGCUAUCUGAAGAUCAGAUCAAUAAAAUGAGAUCAUUAACUACUGGGUGUGAGAGCUCUAAGUGUAUGGUGGAUAACUACAGACCUCCUCUUGACAAAAAAGGAAGGAAAAUUAAGAAAUUCUGCCAGUAAAACAUAGGACCCGGAGCAAAGGAAAUGAAUCUUUGGAACAAAAUCAAAUAUUUAAACCUCACUAUCUAUAGAAGUCGAUGUUGUAAACCUUUGAUAUUUCAAACU